UGAUACCAGACUUGGAAUCUGCAACUGCCUGAACAGAGAGAGGAGACCUGCCGGGGGUUUUUUUUGGUUCUCUGCCUCAUUAAGUUGUUCAGCUGGGAACUGGCGGUACUUGUAAAGAUGACCGCAGAUUGAUGGCCUGACUUUUGCAGACGGUUGAGCCCUCAGGGUUUGCUUGCUUCUGACAUCAUUCCUUUGUGAAACAAGGAGUUGUGCUCAGGGAGUUGAAACCAGGGGGAGCCAGUGGAAGGGCUACAAGUUUUUGCUUUUAAAAACCCAGGCAACUGCAGUUCUCUAUCCCUAGUUACCUCCUUCCAUCUUCUCCCAAUGCCUGUGAGGAUGCACACGACUGUCAACUUUUUGAUGUAACUCAGAAGCCUCCCAGCUUUCUAGCCAUGGCCUCAGUCGAUGGAUUGCAGUACCGUGCUCUUUAUGAAUAUAAGAAGGAUCGGGAGGAAGACCUGUCUCUCAGCCCCGGAGACCUGCUCACCGUCAGCAGGGCAGGGCAUGCCUGUGUGGACUAUAAGGAAGGGGAUGAGAGAAACCCCCAAGGCUGGCUUAAUGGCUUCAAUGAACGUACCAAGGAGUGGGGAGAUUUCCCAGGCACUUACGUAGAGUACUUGGGUCCUGUGAGGAUUGUGGCUGCCACGCCUAAAUCAAGGCCCAGACCACUGCCACCAAUGCCAACUGGGGCAUCUUCCAGUAACAUAUGGGGACCUCCUGGGCAGAUGGAGUUUGUUGACUGGUUAAAUCUCCCUGAACAAGCACUGCUGGUUGUAAAGAGACUUGUUGAAGCUUUGGAAAAAGAAGGCUUAGAUAACGAAGCCCUUUACCGAUCACCUCCCAGUUCCUUUUGCGACGCUCAACUCAAGCAGCAUCUGCUGACAGACUUGGGAUCCGUUGAUCUGGACCAGUUUGAUGGGCAGACAUUAGGUGAACUGCUCAGGCACUACCUUCAGGAGCUCCCUGUCCCCGUGAUUCACCCAGCAACUUACAGUGAAUUACUUUACAUAGUUCAAGAAACUCAGAGCCCAGAGGAGUGUGGUCAACAGAUAAAAUUGAUCCUAGAAUCUCCACGUCUCCCUCAAUGGCACAGACUCCUCCUGCAACACCUGACCAGGCAUUUCUGUAAACUGUGCCAGAAUGGCAGCAAGAAUCACUUCACACCCAGGAUGCUUGGAGAGGCCUUUAGUGACGUGCUUUUUAAACCAUCCCCAUCAAGCAUGGAACUGAAUCCAGAGCACCAUGUGAAGAUUAUUGAGGCUCUUAUCAUCGCUGGUGGAGUGUCAGAGAUCCAGGCAGCACCAGCUCUUCCUCCAAAGCCCUCCAAACCAAUAACUCCAGUAAAUACAAGUGGGAUAAAAGAGAAUUGCAGUUCAUCACUGCAGGAUGCCGAAUGGUACUGGGGAGACAUUUCAAGGGAAGAGGUAAAUGACAAAUUACGAGACAUGCCGGAUGGAACAUUCCUGGUGCGGGAUGCAUCAACAAAGAAACAAGGAGACUAUACACUGACAUUGCGGAAGGGUGGCAACAAUAAAUUGAUAAAAAUUUAUCACCGGGAUGGGAAAUACGGUUUUUCUGAUCCACUGACAUUCAAUUCUGUUGUGGAACUGAUUAACCACUAUCACCAUGAGUCUCUUGCCCAGUAUAACCCUAAACUAGAUGUGAAGCUUAUGUAUCCUGUAUCCAGAUACCAGCAGGAUCAGUUGGUAAAAGAAGAUAAUAUUGAUGCUGUGGGCAAAAAGCUUCAGGAGUACCACACCCAGUAUCAAGAGAAAAGUAAGGAAUAUGACAGACUAUAUGAAGAAUACACCAGAACAUCACAGGAAAUUCAAAUGAAGAGAACAGCAAUAGAAGCUUUUAAUGAAACAAUUAAAAUAUUUGAAGAGCAGUGUCACACCCAAGAGCGAUACAGCAAAGAAUACAUUGAACGAUUCAGAAGAGAAGGAAAUGAGAAGGAAAUUGAACGCAUUGCGAUGAAUUAUGAAAAAUUAAAAUCGCGUCUGGGUGAAAUCCAUGAUAGUAAGCUGCAACUGGAACAGGAUUUGAAGAAGCAAGCUCUAGACAACCGGGAAACUGACAAGAAAAUGAACAGUAUCAAACCUGAUCUUAUGCAGCUGCGCAAAAUCAGAGAUCAGUACCUUGUCUGGCUUAAUCAUAAAGGAGUGAGGCAGAAAAGAAUAAACGACUGGCUUGGAAUAAAAAACGAAAAUAUUGAUACAUACUUUACAAAUGAGGAGGAUGAAAAUCUGCCACAUUAUGAUGAAACAUCUUGGUUUGUGGGAGAUAUCAAUCGCAUCCAAGCAGAAGAUUUGCUUUGUGGGAAACCUGAUGGAGCAUUUUUAAUUCGAGAAAGUAGCAAGAAAGGCUGUUAUGCUUGUUCUGUGGUAGCUGAUGGUGAAGUUAAACACUGUGUGAUUUACAGCACUCCAAGAGGUUAUGGGUUUGCAGAGCCAUAUAACCUUUACACUACCCUAAAAGAAUUAGUUCUUCAUUACCAGCAUACCUCCCUUGUCCAACACAAUGACUCCCUCAAUGUCCGGCUCGCUUAUCCUGUCAACGCACAGAUGCCCUCCCUCUGUAGAUAAAUUCUAGGAGGGUGGAGUAUAGGUGAAGUGUUGGUUCCCGGAUUUCUUUUCUACAGUUUUUACUAAAACCCAGAGGGCAUUCUUUCUCCUUAAGACUGCUUGUUUUGCACAAGAAAUGAUUUGAUGAAUGUGAAUUGGAGACCUAGCAGCAACAAAAUAAUAGCUUUGGGGUUGGUGCCCUGGUGCUACCUGGAGAUCAGCUGUGUUUUUAUAUAAGGAGACUCUCUCAUUUUCCCUAUAAGGAACAAGUUAUCUCUUUAAAGAUGCAUACAGAAAGAACUAAAAGCAAAACUUUUGCCAGGCACCAUCAGCGGAACUUCUACUUGGAUUUUGUUUUUCUGAGGUAUUAGUAAUGUCUUUCAGUCUUAAGCUCCAGGAAAAUGUAGGGAAAGUCUCUACUCCAGAAACUUCCCUGUUAAUUUUAGCAGCUUGGCUGCAAGUCAGACAAACUUACACAUGAGGGCUCAUCUUGAUGUAGCAUGGUAUUUGGUGAGAGGAGACCAAAGGAAUUAUGGGGGGAGUUUCAGGUUCUUAUUUAAAAGAAUAUCCUCAAGGAAAUAUUGCUUUAUAUUUUACCAACAUAGCAAAACAUUGGUUUCAAUAGUACUUACCGGUCUUCAAAUAAAAGAAACCAAAUUGAACCCACCAAAACUACUUUCAUUGCUGGAUUUGGGGGGUGGGUAGAUUGCAUUUGCAAUCACACUUGCCAAAACUUGAAGAGAGAAAUAUAAAAGCUAAAAAGUCUUCUGUUGUUUUGAAAACUAACCUGACCUGAUGUAACUGCACCACUUCCCCCUUGAUUAUUUUCAAAAUGUGGUUCCUUUCUUCCAAGGAUGUCAGAUUUUGUUUUUUAAAAAAUACUAAGCUUUGGAAUGUUAAGCAGAAUGAAGCUGGCACCUGGCAUGUUUAUAAGAUGCUAAACAAUGAAUUUUCUGUUUUAAAAACAUUUGUUGUUGUUGUUGUUGUUUAAAAAAAACUUUAGAAGUGCAAUGGAUUGCUUCUCAAUUGCUUGCUAAACCAAAAAACCAAAAAACAAAAAACCCCUAUGGGUGCAGUCUAUAUACUGUUGAAACUGGCUACAAAACUGUGUUUAUAAUGCAUUUGGAUUGCACCCUAAAUCACAAAAUCCAUUGUACAGGUUGUUUAACCUUAGAAUUCAUUGCUGGCUUACCAUAAGACAAAUAUUUGGGUAGCUGAAUUCAAUGGGACUAGUAAAGAUAUAAAGUGGUAGAAUCUAUCAGUAUGUAAACAGCUUUGCUUGGUCAUCUGCCAUCAGAUUCAUCUGGAUUAUAUGUAACAUCAAAUAAUGAAAUUAUAGCAAAUAGCGAGAACUGGAUCCACUAGACUGUGAGAAUUUGUGCUCUGACAAUGCUGUAUUUACCUUUUUUUUUUUGUCACUACAUGUAUGCCCUUGUUGAUUUAUUGUAAUUUCUAAAGAUUAUAUUUGAGCUAGAACACUUGCUUACACAACAAGGACAAAUUGGUAGAUUCAGCAUGAAGUCUUUCCUUUUUCUGUGUAGUAUUUGAAGUGCAUGCCAGGGAGUUGGGACAUUUGGAUCUUUUCUGGCUCCAACCUACCUUCAGUGCCACCUUGAACCCCCAGACUGUUAGAUUCUAAUGUUUACACAAAGCAGAAUGCACUAUAAGGGAGCUUAGAAGUAUUAUGCAGAAUAUGAAAUUGCUGAACAGGAAAAUGAUAAAAUUUGAGCACUAAUCAGCAACUGGAGGGGCUAAACUAGAUUGCUUGACAUGUCCCAAAAGCACUUCUGUUUUGCACUAAUCUACUGCCACUUAAGCUAAGUGCUGGCUAACCAGCUGGAACAUGAUCUUCUAAAAAUGGAACCAUGGUUGUAAAAAAAACCCCCAUCCUGUAGUCUUUAAAUUUGUGAGACGAUAGUUAAUAACUUAAUGUGCCACCAUCUCUUCAGUCCCUCUCUUCCCAGGCCUGUCCACCCCCACAUCCUCUUUAGCCAGCAGCAAUAUGCUACUUUUAUUAAGCGUGGCACUGGAUUUUGCCACUUUUCAGAGUCAUCAGGUUGAGACUUUAUACCUCCUCUGGAAGCCUAACCAGCUUGCACAUUCUAAUUUGGUACCUGCACAUUGCUUAAUACUACUCUGUCAUUAAAUCUAGCCUAGACCACAGAGGCUUGUUCUGACUUACUCAGAAUCAGUGGAAUGUUUUCCCAUAACUACCAAUUAUAAAUCUUCACAUUUUAAUGUUAUAACCAAACAAUGAGCUAAUUGGCAAUUUAGGCCAUACCACACAGCCUCCACUGUUUUGCAUUAACUUCAUUUGGGUUUGCCUCUAUAAAGUCACUGAGUCCAGUGCUAGUCCCUCUCAGAAAGACCCACUGAAAUUAAAUGAACCCAAGUUUGUCAUGUCCAUUGACUUCAAUGGGUCUACUCCUAAGUAGGACUAACAUGGCCCUGGGGAUACAAUCCUUUGGCUUCUGUUACUGUAUUCAGAGUAUCAGUAAAUUCAUAUGCUUCCUUUAGGUUCAUUUUUUUUUAAAUUUACAAUUAACUUUAUGUGUACUUCAUCUCACAAGGUGCCUUGAUUUACUUCCCUUUAAAUUGGCACAUUCUGACACAUUUAGAUUAGAAUUUUGAGGAAAGUCAACAUAUAUACAUGGCUUCCUUUUGGCUUAUAAAUAACAGCCAACUGGUGUUCACAUGCUUGCAAUGCCUCUCACAUUGAACAUUUUUGGAUGGACUUUGCAAGUGAAAAAUCAUUUUGCAGUUUACAAAUGAAAGUUUGUAGAAGAAAUGUUCUUCUACCACCAUUCAGCUUCCAUCAACAUUUCUUGAUUUAAUGUUCUCAUGCCUAAUUUUUCACACCAGUUAGCUGACCUCAAGUGGCAGCAUUCCAAAUUCUCAGAGUUCACCUUUGUUAAGAUCAGCCCCCUAGCACAACUUGCUGUCUUUCUACAAAUGCACUAGAGAAUGGCAAAAUGGAAGAUGAGAAGAGCUGAAUGUGUGGGGUUUUUUAAGCCAAUGAGCUAGGCUUGUUUUAGUAGAACAUUUUUUUAGAACAUUUUUUUUAUCUGCUAGAUGUUAAUACUGAUUUCAAUGACCCAACUAUGUAAAUGUUUUUUGUUAAGCAGUAAACUGGUUGGGGAGAAAGGCUCUUAAUAUGCAGCUUAUCUGAAGUGCUUUAGUGGGGAGGAGUCAAUAUUUUCCUUUCUCACAAGUAGAAAACUGCAUAUUUUUCUGUAGCUGUUGCAGUAGCUGCAGUGCACAAUAGAUCGGCCAAGAUUGAAAAGUAAUUGAACUGCUAGUACUUCUGAGGCUAAUUUCUUUGCCAGUCACAUAUCAUAAGAACAAAUACAGCACUGUUAAGGAGAAAUUUUGGGAAGAAUUCAUAAGGAGGAUACAACAUAGUUUUUCCUCUGUACCUAUGUUGUACAAAGCAGUAUCUUGAAUAUCCUACUUAUGAAUGUAGGAAUAAAUCCAGCCUCACUGGGUUACUUUUCUAGUCUGUGCGCUAGAUUGAUUUUAUGUGCACAUUGGAGCUCUGAUUACCUUUCACUAAACAACAGUUCUUUGCUCAACAAGUCACUUUUAAAACUUGGGAGAGUUCAGAAAUUAUACCUGAUGCGCUGUGUGGUGUUGUUAGCCGGAUGCAAACUUUGAAAAGCUCCUGUAGUUAAAAUGUAGAGCUGGUGAUGCAAUUCUUAGGAUCAUGGCCUAAAAUGAAAAGGAGCAGGGGAUCAGCCAACACAAGCAACAUAAAACAAUCAUACAACCCAAAUUUAAGUUUAUAUCUACCUCCAGCCACUGAAUUCACUUAUAAAUUAGUAUGCAUAAUCUCGUUAAUUCCAGUACUCCCCCCCCCCAAUAACUGUAGGUUUUUGGUUUUCCCAUACAUAAGCACAGUUCUCAUAUAUUCGCUUCCCCCCCCCAUCCAAACCCCCGGUCUGCACAAGCUUAGGAAUAGGGAUAGCAGCAAUUCUUCAGUCUUUCUUAAGAUCAGGCACACAAUAGACUGUAGAAGCCAACCUGGACACAUGUAGGACACAUAUUAAGGGCUUGAGGUGGUUUGGUUCUGUAAAUAUGUUGUCACUUGGAAAGCCAUGACAACAUGUACAAUGACUUAAUGGGUUCUCUUCACAUAGCAAUUUUCCUGUUUGGCUAUCAUAUUUCCAAGUCUACAAAAGCCCCCUCUUUGGUACUUGAACAAUAUUUGUUUGAAUGUGUAGUUUUUUGGUUUUGGUUUAAUUCACACUAACAGGGAAUAAAAAUCUGAAGUGGUAACAUGUAUUGUGUGUAUGCAGAUGUAAGACAAUUUUUGUGAGAUGACAGAGUAUAAAUGCAGAUCUGGGCAUAAUGUAUGCUCAAGGUUUUUCUUCUACCCAUUUUUAUCUUUUUAAUGUGAAUUCAUAAAUAUAUACUUCAUGACUUGCAAAGUUUCAGUAUGCUCAUGAAGUAAAGAUUUACAUCCAGUUUGUUUCACCCUUUAAAAUACUUGCACUUAAAAGCAGCCAGACUUGGAGUUUUAACUUAUUGAAACCUCCAUUUUCUGAUAUGCAGCAAUUGUACUUUUAGACAUGAACUCUGUUUUUCCCCCCUAUAAGAAUUACUUUAUUUCCUGAAAAUGGCAAUUUUCCAGAAUUGAGGUGUUUUAAGGCAUUUUGAGAUAGGAAGCACAUCUUAAAAGAAAUGGAAUAAGGAUGUGUCCAAGGGCUGGCAUCAGCAGUGGACAUGGUCAGGUACUUCUUGGGACCCAUACCCAGGCAGCUGACCCAUAACCAGUCUCCAACUGCUGUACUUCUCUUUCUCAGUGACACCUCACCACUCAACUCUUCCCUGCCUGCUUAGGAGACUCAGGGAUGUGAGGAUGUGCACUGCACCACAGUCUCAUGACUCCCCUUAAGUCAGGAGAGCUAUUCCCUGUCACCACAGCACCCUUGCUUCAUCCAAGUUGACAGGGGAAGUCACACAGGCAAUGGAGGCAAUACCUAUCAUUGACUCCACACACUUGCACUAACCAAGGCAGUGCUUCCCAUCUAACCUGCCCUAGUAGUUCUUUCUCCUUGCUAGCUGUAGAGGUAUUGACCAACCCUGGCGUCUCCUUCCUGUCCAUGAGACACUGCACCCCUCAUUCUUUUCCCUGAAGCCCACAACCUGCUCUUACACCUCACCCCACCCCCCAGUAAAGAGAUGUGGGAAGAGGCAUUUUGCUUCAGCUGUUUGCCAUCAACCAAAAGCUCAUGCAUGGCAGGGGUAAAUGGAGCCACUCUGACUCUAAGGAUUACAGGGUGACUUUAACAUAAGAUGGGAGUUGCCUAAAAGCUAAAUGCUGUUUUUAAGCCAAAUUGUACAAACAGUUGCAAUGUUUCUACACUCCAAGAUAGCUCUGGGUGUGGUGGUUGAAGCUUUUCCCCCUGUGCCAUCUUCAUGAGCUAAAUCACCAUUCUGAAGCUAUUUGGUAUGUUAUGGGAAACACAUACAACUGGGUGCUGCCUGUGUUUUCUCCCCAGCCCCUUGGGGCAGAUAUUAAAUAUGAGGGAUGAUUUCUUUUCAGCAGGGAGAAGAGUUAAAAACCCACUGUCCCUCAAGCACUAUUCUUCUGGUAUGAUUGGGCUAUAAAUAAUACACAGGAUCUCUCAACAUCCUAUCUACUCUCAGCCCUGAGCUAAGAGCUUUGCUUGGCUGGAGUAUGUUUUGACUGAACACUGAAUAACAAAUAGUGGAAGUUUAGCAAAUCAGUCUAACUUUUCUAGGUUUCAAGCACUAGCAUUUUUGGCUAGCUCCAUAAUUUUAAUGCAGACCUUUAUACUAUACACUAUUCUUCAUCAACAUCCCUUACUCCUGUCUUAUUGCUCACAGAGGUUGAGUAUUGCAUAUAGCAAUGGCUCAUAGUUAAAAGUUUAUUCUGUUUCACACUGCUUAGUAUCUUACCUAUAACCAUUGAGAGCCUUGCACUUUUCUCCAAUCAGCCCCUCGGGACACUUUUUUAUUUUCAGACAGGCAUUUGCAGUGUGUAAAAAAAAGCUAUUUAAAGACAUUUUCAAGGGUCAACAUGCUUUGUCCUCCCCCAUCAUAGGCCUAGUAUGUUCAGUGGUGUUGCACCCUUGUAUGCCAGCAAGCUGUGUGUUGUCUUUCUUGGAGUGUAGAGUGUUCGGUAUUUGCAGUGACUGACUACAAAGAAAUUUAACUCAACCUGUUAAUUUUUGCCAGUUUACAGCACCAUGGGAUUGUACUGGUCUGCAACGUGUGUGUGUGUGUGUGUGUGUGUGUGUGUGUGUGUGUGUGUGUGUGUGCUGUAUGUAUAUAGAUAUAUGGAAAAUAAAUUCACAUACAUAUAUCUAAUAUGCAUUGGCCAUAACUAGCCCUGGCCCUCUGAAACUCCAGAUUCACAAUUUUCACUUGCUUUACCCACCUCACAAUCUGAAAGUUUGGAUCAUUUUGUUCUCCCCCCCCCCAAAAAAAAGUGGGGUUCCUCACUAAUACUCUCGAUGUGCUUUUAAAUUUCCGAUUUUUUAAAAGUGUUUUCCUUAUUUGCUUCAAGAUAAAGCAUUGUAGUUUAUUCAAAGCAAAGUGGUUGCAUUUUAUAUAGACCCCAUUUCCUUUUGAGAGACAGUAACAGUUGCAGUUCUUAAAUAUGGGAAAACCCCAUCUAGAACUAAUGUGCAAAGGAGAAUAAUAGCAUUAAUCACUGUGUAUGGACUCAUUUUACAAAUACGUGUAACAAUGAGUAGGUAGCUUCAUUUUGUAUUGAGGUAUGCCAGGACUGUGCACUCCUUCUGUACAUCCCGCACAUGAACACUACAUUCUUGAAAUCCAUUUUGGUUUUUCUUUUAAGGGAUGCUAUUUGUCAAAGGUUGCUUCUCAUGGAGCAAAGGGGAUUGUUUUUGUUUUGUUAUUUUUUAAAUAUAAAUUCCAGCAUGUAACUUGAGUAGUCUUGUUGGUAUGUAAAACCUGUUCUUCUGUCAUUUUAUGGUGUAGUCAAAUUCAUGUAGUUUAACUUUAAAAAAGAAACUGCUUCAUGAGGAAAACAAUUGUAUGUUAGUCAUAUUGUAGUUUCUAGAUAAGUAAUGCAACAUUGUACUUGUCACCAAAUGUGCUAUGAUCUUACUGUAUGUUUCUAUUUUUUAAAAUAGGUGGUUGAGCUUUGGAAUCCCAGACACUAAGCAUUCUGGCCUACUUUGCUUUAGAAUAAAAAUGCAAUAAAAGAUUGCAAUAAAGCACAUUUACAUGUAAUGUUUUAGAAGGAUGUACUGACCGCUGUUUCUAAUAAAUUGAGAAAUACAGCCUA